AUGCCUAUUAUCGGAAACUUCUCGGCCUGGAUUCAAGUUGACAAUCAACCUCUGCCCGAAUACCAGAUUGAGUAUUCGCAAGAUGGUAGAAAAGCGACGUGCUGGAUACCUUCAGAGGCCGGCAAAGAGUUCCAAAUCUGCUAUCGCGAUAGUGAACGUUCGAAAACGACAGCUUCCAAAGUGAGGAUCGACGGACAUAAAUGCGCUGGGAAAAUAAUAUACUCGAAGAUUUCACAUCCUACACGUAGUUCGACUUCAGUGCAAAAGGGAGUUUCAGGGGGAAACAACACUCUCAGGCCUUUUGUAUUCUCUCAUUGUCGAUUAGUGGAGGAUGAAUCUGAACAAAUGGUGAAAAACUUGUCUUCUAUUGGCGAGAUAAAAGUCAAGAUUAGCCAUGUUGAAACUGGUUCAGUCACUGACAACCACGGACAUAUUCCACCCUUCGAUGAGCUUAGGAUCUAUGAACGGGCGAAGAAGGGGAUCACGCACGGAACACAAUUGGGUACUGCCGUUCCACGAGAACCCAAGCAUGCCAGAAAAGUAAAUUUCAAACGGACACAAGUAACCUUUGAGUUCAGGUAUCGCCCGAUAGAUAUCUUGAUGGCCGAUGGCAUUGCCCCUCAACCAACGUCACCACCUUCUGUAAAACGCCAACAUGCGUCAGAACACCUGGAUUUGAUCGAUCUCACUCGUGAUGACGGCCGAGACGAUACUCUGGACAGAAUGCAGCGCAAGAGAAUCAAAAGAGAAGUAAAACAAGAGCCAUCUAUGACCUACGACGAUGCAAUCAUAGACCUGACAUUGUAA